AUGGAGCGUGCGAACUCCCUCCAGCGCGCCCACUCGGGCCUCGCGCGCGUGCCGCGUGCGGGCGCGGGCGGCCGGACGUCGGAUGUGCUGAAGCGCUUGGGCGGUGCCCUCUCCGUGGAGGGGCCGGGCUCUCCGCUCACGGCCACCGUCUCAUUGCCACUGACCUCACUGGAGACAGAGCCCUCGGAAGAGGUGGAGAAGGAGGAGCCUUGUGGCUUAACUCCUGCAAGCUUGAAGCACUUGAAGCGGCAGCGCGAUGCUUUGCAAGAGGAUAAAGCACGCUUGCAGUCGGAGCUCAUUGAGACUGCCAAGCAGCUGAAGGAGCUGCGACCGCAGGUGGCGUCCUUGAAGCAACAGUUGGAGGAGGCCCUGUCCGAGCAUUUGCGGCUACAGGAGGCUUUGGAGGCCUCUGAGCAGCGCGCUUCCUUGGCGGAGCGCCGGACGGAGGAGCUCACCGAGGAGCUGGCGCACGCGGCCGCGGAGGUGGAGCGGUUGAAAGCUGCUUUGGAGGAGCAGAGGAAGCUCACGCAGGAGGUUUGUGAGGCAUCGGGCCGGAAGAAUGAGGCCAUGGAGAAACAGAAGGAGAAGGAGAUGGAGGAAUUGCAGCAGUUGGUGGAGCGACUGAAGUUGGAAAACCAGCAGCAGCGCUGUGACCUCCAGGCGCAACAGGAGAAGCACGCAGAGAUGAAGCGGAAUGUGGUUGUGGCCAUGGCAGCGGCGGAGAAGGCCAUGCAGAUGCAUCAGCAGCACAGCGCCCAGCUGGAGAUGCUUCGAAGCGCCAAGCUGGCAGAGGCGAUUAACCAGAAGGUGGAGCUGCACAUCGCGGUGCCCAAGGUCACCCUGACCUAUAACAAUGCGCCGCCCCUGCUCAUCAGCGUGGCUGCGGCCUUGGGAGAGGAUCGGCUACAGAAGUUCUUGGAUCAAGAAGUCUUUCCCCACUUCGAACCCUUGUGGGUACGCCUGGACGGCUUGGAUCAUGCGCCGGAUGGCUCUUCCAAGAAGGCCUAUUCCUCGCGUAUGUUGGACCGGUUGACUUCUGCAGUGAAGAGCUUCCUGGCGCGCUCGCAAGGUGAGACCGAGGGAAGUCCUUCAUCCGGUCAAGUGGGCGGGCAGCACGGGGCGGGUGGCGAAUCUGAAGCAGCUGCUUUGAACGGCGUUAGAACGGCCUCCUUAACGGCGGCUUUGGGGGUGAUGAAAGAAGCUGAAGAGGUCAUUGCCCUGGACGCGGUGGUCUUCGGGCUUUUCUAUGCGCCCAUGGUCCAGGACGUUGCAGGGCAAGUCCUAUUGACCUUGGCUUUCUCACUGAUCGUGGUCAUCAUGGUCGCGGCGGGCGUACAUGUGGCGAUCACGGACCCCUCCCAUCCAGAGGUCCCAUGGAAGAAUGGCAAGCUGACAGAUGCGGACUGCGCCUUCGACGAUCUUCAGCAAAAAGAGCCCUUUUGCUGGACCUGCCGCGUGCGACAGGAGUGGCGAACGGAGCAUUGCAACACCUGUCAACGGUGCGUCUCCAAGUUCGAUCAUCACUGCAUUUGGCUCAACAACUGUGUCGGUGGCGCCAAUUACCGGAGCUUUUGGGUGGCCAUGAUGUCUGCCGUGGCGAUGCUAGGCCUCUUCAUCCUCAGCGGCUUCGUGCUACUGGUGAAGUUAAGUUGCAUGCCGGAGCUUGAGAGCCAGGAGUACUUGCAGCAAGCCUUUGCCUUCCCAGUGCUGAAGAACAGCGUGAUCGCCGUCCUCAGCCUGGCGUUGAUCCUGAACUUGCCACUGCUGGUGCUCGUAGGCACGCUGCUGCUGUUUCACCUCUGCAUCUCGUGGAAGGAGCUCACCACCUUGGAAUACAUCCUGGCACACAUCACCUAUGAUAGGGCUCUCGAGGCGGAGUCUCCAACGCCCAUGUCCCACGAGGAUGGCUCCCCGUUUUUUCCACUUCCCAGAUGUGUGGACUGGGUCGUGUAUCGCCGUCGCACGCGGAAGCCCAAGGCCAAAGUGGCCCCGCAACCGGAGGAGGCUGAGGUUGAGGAGGGAAAGGCCGUCGACUUGGUGAACCGAGAGCCUUCGAUUGAGCCAAUCUCGGAGGACUCUCCUCCGCAGGCGGGAAAAAAGGCUUCAGAGGAGCGCACACGAUCUGAUGAGGUGUGA